GCUGAGUGACCGGCGCUUAUUGCUCGGUCUGGAGGUGCGGAAGCCGCUCGCUGUCUGCUCCUGCGGAGAAGGGCUGAUGGAUGGAUUGAUGGAAGGAAGGAGGGGGAGCUCUUCACCCUUCUCUCUCCAGACUUUGGAUUAGCUGAGUUACGAGCGGCUGAGGCAGGAGCCGGUGCCCGUACUGCAAAAAGCCCUUGCUGGGCUAGCUGGCUGGCUCGGAAACAGAUUCAUUUCUCUACCCCUCUUUCUCUCUCUCUCUGUUUAUGGACAGGCCAUGGCCACCUUGGUGUGCAGAGUCCAGUUCCUCGAUGACACCGAUCCGUUCAACAGCACCAACUUUCCAGAGCCCACCCGCCCCCCGCUCUACACUUUCCGGCAGGACAUCUCUCUUAUCAAUCAGAUCGCGGGAGUGCACCGACUGUUGCAGGCUCCGCACAAGCUUGAUGACUGUGCUCUGCAGUUAUCUCACAAUGGUACCUACCUGGAUCUGGAGUCUAACUUGGCUGAACAGAAAGAUGAAUUGGAAGGAUUCCUGGAGGAUUCUGGGAGGGGAAAGAAACACAGCAUGAUCCUGCGCACACAGCUCUCAGUUAGAGUCCAUGCCUGUAUUGAAAAACUCUACAAUUCGUGUGGCCGGGAACUCAGAAGAGCCCUUUUUUCUCUCAAGCAGAUAUUCCAGGACGACAAAGAUUUGGUUCACGAGUUUGUCGUUGCUGAGGGUCUGACAUGUUUGAUAAAAGUUGGGGCAGAAGCAGACCAGAACUACCAGAAUUACAUCUUGAGAGCCCUUGGCCAGAUUAUGCUCUAUGUGGAUGGAAUGAAUGGGGUGAUAGGCCACAAUGAGAGUAUCCAAUGGCUGUACACACUCAUUGGCUCAAAGUUCCGCCUGGUGGUGAAGACAGCCCUGAAGUUGCUGCUGGUUUUUGUGGAGUACACAGAGUCGAAUGCACCACUAUUCAUCCAGGCAGUCCUCACAGUUGACCAGAAAAGAGGUGCGAGGCCAUGGUCAAAUGUCAUGGAAGUACUGGAUGAGAAGGAUGGUAUUGACACGGAACUUCUUGUUUACACAAUGACUUUAAUAAAUAAGACAUUGGCAGGAUUGCCUGAUCAAGAUUCCUUCUAUGAUGUAGUGGACUGUCUGGAAGAACAAGGGAUGGAAGCUAUUUCACAGAGACACUUGAACAAAAAAGGAACUGACUUGGACUUAGUGGAACAAUUCAAUAUUUAUGAGUUGAGCCUGAAACAUGAAGAUGGAGAUGAUGAUGUUAGUAUGAAUGGUCGGAAAGAUAGGCGAAGGUCAAGCCUUGGUUCGAAUGAACGGCGUGGCUUAGAACGACGGAGAAGUCGGAGGCAUUCUAUCCAGAAUAUCAAAAGUUCAUUGUCUGCCCCUGCCAGUCCAAGCAGUCCAUUGCCUGGACAUUUAAGUCCACACUUCAUGUCAUCCAAUGGUCAGAGACUUGAAGAACUCAAUGAAAACAGCGAUGUAGUUCAGCACAACAUGACCAGCCAGCCCAAUGAAGCAAGCCAGUCUGAUGAUGUAUUUGAAGCCACUCACACACCGUUUAAUGAAGACGAGGAAUGCGAGGAGGAAUACACUGAAGAAGAGCAGCCAGUUACUGAACCUAACACUGAGGAUGAGGGGGAAGAAGACCCCCCCUGUCAGGGUCAGGCAAGUGGGGUGAAACCAGACACAGCAAUCGAACAAGCAGAAAAUAGCCCCCAGAGUACAAAGUAUGUAGCAAGCUUCAUUCCUGUGCCCGAAGAGAGAGGAUCUUCCAGCCAGUUCCAGACUUCUGAUACAAAGAGCCCUUCAGCUAUCUCUCCUCCUCAGUCACCUAGUUCUUCUGGUGGUUCCCAGCAUUCUUUGCAGCUAUCAUCAUUGACAUCUUCAUCGUCAUCCAUUGUCAUUCCUCAUUCACCAGUGGGUUUGCCAAACAGCCCGCAAGGUUCAUCAACAAACAUUAACCUAGCUCUCUCUCCCACGGUUGAGAAGUUGCCAUAUCUUCCUCAAUCACCUUUCCAUCUAUUCUCAUAUGAUCUGAGUGAAAUUCCUUCAAGAGCAAAAGAAAAGGAAGCAGAAAUGAAGCAAAACAGUCAGUCGGAAUCUUCCUACAUGAACAAAUGCUCUGACUCUUUUGAACCUUAUACAUCCAGGUCUUCUAAUAGAUACAGCAGUUAUGGUACCAGUGCCUACUCAGGAUGUCGAUUGUACUCUGGGCUAAAUAUACCCACUACCUCCAGCUUUCAUUACAAGACCUCAAUCUCGCCUGCUCCUGAGGCUAAAUCUGAAAGGCCAGUACUGGGAGGUCUUCUGUCCUCAUCCUACCGACAGCAUCAGGAAUCGCUGGCAGCAGAAAGAGAGAAACGGCGCCAGGAGAGAGAAGAGCGAUUACAGAGGAUAGAACGGGAAGAGAGAAACCGGUUCAAUCGGGAGUAUGUAGAAAAACGAGAAGAGCAAAGACUGGCAAGAGAAGAAAGAUACAAGUACCUGGAAAAAUUAGCAGCUGAGGAAUAUGAGAAGGAGGCCAGGAAUCGGGUGCCUCGGGCACGCAGUGACCUUUCCAUUAGCCUGAGUUCAUCUGCAGCCCCAUCGUCUCCCGUCCCAAUUUGUGGGACUCCCCCUCCAGAGCCUUGGCAAGAGCACAAGUGUCCAUCCAGACAGAGUGAAUCGUCUCAGCCUAUUGAAAUCCCUGCAAGUGAGCCAGAGCAGGAGCCCGAGCCUGAGUUAGAGCCUGCAGCAGAAACUAAAGGAGAAGCCAAGGUGCCCAGUGACGGAAGCCCUGCUGAACUGAGACCAGAGCUGGAGAGAGAGCAGAGACCAGAUCGAGAGCCAGAAGAAAACGUAACACUGAGUGAAAAGGAGAGACAGAAUGAAGAGCUGAACGAGAAAGAUAACUGUUCGGCAUCCAGCAUCUCCUCAGCCAGCAGCACUUUAGAAAGAGAAGAGAGGGAAGACAAAGUAGCCAGUGACAAUGAAACUGGUAAAUGGAUGCAGAGCAUUAAGGAUGUCAGUGUAAAUGAUCAAUGCAGCAACAUUCUCAAUAACAAACGGUUCAUGCUGGACAUGUUGUAUGCACAGAGCAAAAGUGGAGAUGAUGAUAGUGAAGAAACACAGCCUGGGAAGCAAGAGGAGAAACAAGAGUCCCUUGCGAGUCUGGCCAGUCGGAUCUCCAUUCUGCAGGCCAACAAGCAAGCUACUGAGGGCAAUGUGAAGAAAAUGGAGGUUGACCAUCUGGAGAACCAAGGCAGUGUGAAAGCUUUCACUGAAAAGUUUAACAGUGGGGAGUUGAGCAAAGGACCUGCGCCAUCUGACUGUGAAACAACCACUAAGACUGCGGAUAAAAUGACUGCACAACCCAAAAAGGAAUCUGAUUACAUCUGGGAUCAAUUAUUGGCCAAUCCUCGGGAAUUAAAAAUCAAAGACAUAGACUUCACAGAUUUGGAAGAGGAGGACGACGUGGAUGUGUUGGACAUGGAAAACUUGCUUAGUUCUAGUGACUCAAUACUUCCUCCACCACCACCACCCCCACCUUCUUUCAUGGGCUUGCCUCCCCCUCCACCACCCCCUUUACUGCAUGGUCCACCUCCUCUUCCAGUACAUGGUAUGUUGGUACCCCCACCUCUACCUACAGGCCUGCAUCAACCGUCUGGGUCACUGCACCCAUCCAGGGGUGAGCCAACUUUCAUUAAGAAAAAGAAAACCAUUAGGCUGUUCUGGAAUGAAGUCCGACCAAUUGACUGGCAGUUUAAAAAUCGGAAGCGAUGCAAGGAACCACUUUGGACCCAACUGGAACCUGUGAAAGUGGAUGUAUCCAAGUUGGAGCAUCUUUUUGAAUCUAAAUCCAAAGAGCUGCCAGUCACCAAGAAAACUGCUGCAGAUGGGAAGAGACAAGAAAUCAUUGUGUUAGACUCAAAGCGAAGCAAUGCCAUUAACAUUGGACUGACUGUAUUACCUCCUCCAAGAACAAUCAAGACUGCAAUUCUUAACUUUGAUGAAUAUGCAUUGAACAAAGAAGGAAUAGAGAAAAUCUUGACCAUGAUUCCCACUGAAGAGGAAAAGCAGAAGAUCCAAGAAGCCCAAUUGUUGAAUCCUGACAUUCCUUUAGGUUCUGCAGAGCAGUUUCUUCUAACCUUGUCUUCCAUUAGUGAAUUGUCAGCUAGACUCCAGCUCUGGGCCUUCAAACUGGACCAUGAAACAGUGGAGAAGGAAGUUGCAGAGCCUCUACAGGAUUUGAAAGAAGGAAUGGACCAGUUAGAGAAUAACAAAACUUUAAGAUAUAUCCUGGCUACGUUACUGGCAAUAGGGAACUUCUUAAAUUCAUCAAGUGCCAAAGGCUUUGAGCUGGGGUACUUGGAGAAGGUUCCGGAGGUGAAAGACACGGUGCAUAAGCAGUCUCUUCUGCAUCACAUUGCAACCAUUGUGGUGGAAAAAUUUCCAGAGAGUUCAGACCUGUACUCUGAGAUUGGGGCCAUCACAAGGUCAGCCAAGGUUGACUUCAACCAGCUUCAGGAAAAUCUUUGUCAAUUAGAGCGGAGAUGCAAAGCCUCAUGGGAUCACCUAAAGGCAAUUGCAAAACAUGAAAUGAAGCCCUCCCUUAAGCAGAAAAUGUCCGAAUCCCUGAAGGAUUGUGCUGAGAGGAUCAUCAUUUUAAAAAUUGUUCACAGAAGGAUAAUAAACAGAUUCCAUGCCUUUCUGCUGUUCAUGGGACAUCCCCCACAUGCAAUCCGAGAUGUGAACAUUCACAAAUUCUGUAAGAUUAUCAGUGAAUUUGCUCUUGAAUAUCGAACCACCAGGGAGCGAGUAUUGCAGCAAAAACAGAAACGAGCCAAUCAUAGAGAGAGAAACAAGACCAGAGGCAAAAUGAUUACAGAUACUGAUGAAGAUGAUGAUGGUGAGACAGGAAAAUUCUCCAGCAAUACUGCAACCAUCUCGACUGAGACCCAGCCACAGGGAUUAGAGUAUGAAGAAGAGGUAGCAGAACAUGAAAAUAUGAAAGCAGUGCUUAAAACCUCUGUACCGAGUGGAGAAGUUACUGCUGGAGUACUGGGCAUGCGAACCCGAACAAGAGCAAGCCGAGGCCAUGUUGGGUCAUGGACUCCAGGAAAUGACGACUCUCCAAAUGCCACAGAUGAUGCUGCUGAUGAAAUCAUGGAUCGGAUUGUAAAGUCUGCAACUCAAGUGCCAAACCAGCGAGCUGUGCCUAGAGAACGGAAGCGGUCCCGUGCAAACAGGAAAUCUUUAAGAAGAACAUUAAAGAAUGGCUUGACACCAGAAGAAGCCAAAGCACUUGGUUUGGUCAGCACUUCUGAGAUGCAAGUGUGAAGAGUACCAAGCAUGAAAUCAAACAGAUAGCAUCACUUGCUCUCGAACAAGGCACAGCUAAAAACAUUCAACUGGCAACCAUUUGCUGCUCAUGGUAUCCAGUCAUCACCCAGCUCCAUUCAUCAUAUGAUGCAUAUGAGAAAUGAGCUAGAAAGAGAUGGCGCAUUUGGCACUAAAGUUCUGACAGCUUUUUUAAAAAAAACAGGAUUGUUUGGAAGUAUUUAUUCCUAGGUAAAAGUAUUGCUUUUUAAAAAAUCUAACUGAAGUGAUUAGAAAACUUUAAUGGGUAAGCUGUUGUAUGUGUUAUGUUUACAUUGGCUUUACUUGUGACCUAUUUGUGUAGCAGUAAUGCACCAUUUCAGUGUAAGAACCAGGCCUUAAGGAGACAGUGUGCUGAUGUUGGCUGGCCACAAAUCUGACCUGCAUCCAAAAAAGGGAUUUAGUACAACCUAACAAGGAAACAUUCAAUUCUAAAUAGUAUUAUUUUUGUAGGCCUCUUUGGUAAUGGCAUUAUUUUCUUGGGAGUAUCAUUGCCAUUGUUUUAUAUUCUAUGUUCUAGGAAUGCCUUCUAAAGUUUUAUGGAAUGCUGGGUAAGCAAGGAGAUUUAAGGUACCCAUACAGGCAAUAGGCAUCACUGUAUUCAGCAAUUGAUUUAAUUAUUCAAGGUUGAAAGGGAUGAUAUUUGUAAAGGUUAAAUUCCCAUUUUUAAAUAAUAAAUGUCGUAGCUGUUUUUAACAUAAGUAUUGUAGUAAAACUUCUUUGACCAUUUUCAGUAAGAGUAGAUUUGCUAUGGGGGGGAAAUUGAUUAUGAGCAUCCUAAUGGCACAGAAUGCAUUGGUGCCUCAAGAAAUAAAUGUUCAUGGUGGGAUAUUUGCACAUGGACUUUGUUAAUUAGCUGUUAAUUAGAGCUCAGAACAAAUUAAAUUUAAUCAUUCACAAAAUAUAGAAAGUUCCAAGAGCAUUCGGCAGCUAAAUUUUUAAGAUAUAGCAGUGUUCCCAAUAUGCUGUGGGCAGCCAUGGCUUACACUUCCUUGAUUCCAGAAUGGCAUGGCAGUUGUUGGUCUGGAUACCCCAUUUUGGCUUGAACUUUGAAAUAAAGGGAGCAGUUGUGGCAAAAAGGGAUAUUUCAAAAGGUUAAUGAAAACAUAAAUUCUGCAAAGGUACUAUUCUUGUAUAAAAACCUGCAAAGUUUUGACUGCUUCAGUAACAGCAUGCAUGUGUAUUGCAUCUGAGAAUGAAAUCACUUGACAUAAAAACAAGCCAUUAAGUUGAUUCCUGAUAAUGCAUAAACAGUCCUCAAUUCCUUAGCAUAAUGUGCAUUAGUUUUGCUUCCUCAAAUUAGAUUAAUACAGAAAAUAGAUUCUCGAACUUGAUUAUUUGGCUUGAGUAGUUGGAUUGGUUAUGACCAGUGAGGAAUGGAAGAUAUAAAUCUGCUUAUUUGCCUAGUUUGCUUCGAGUUGGUUAAAUUAUUUACUACCUAUACAGGUAAAGGAACCCUCAACACUCACUGUUGUGCUGGCUUAGGACAAGUCCCUAAACAUAUUAAUAAGCAUCAGAGAUGCUCACUUGAAUAAAAUAUGUCAUGUGUUAUUUUUUAAUAUGUUAUGAAGAUUCAUGACCAUGUCGACCCAGGAUAUUUUCAGUUAAGUACUGAGAAUAUUUUGAGUUGUAACUGAAUAUCAUUUGAAGCUAGUUUUGAAGCUUUCAAGGGGUUAGAUUUUUAAGCAGUUAGUUCAGAACUUCGUUUGAAGAGAGAUUUUCUUUAAAUGUCUUUGAAGCUAGAGCUUAAAGAGUAGCAAUCAGAAAGAAAUAUUUACUCAAAGGUUGACAAAAAGCUCUCACAAAAAAGUUUAGGUAUAGUGGUAGAGUCUUAUUAAUGUAUAGAGAGUAUGAUAAAUAUCAUUGAGGGGUAGUGGUGUCACAUGAAAGUCAAUAAAACAUUGAAUGGAUGCAAGCAAAUUUUAUUAGAUUUUGCAGCAAUAUGAGGCUCCAAAAUAACAGGUCAAGUAGCAUUUGUUGAGACAGGUACAGAGUUACUUUCUCAAGUCAAUAAUCUUUCCAUCAGUAUUGGAUAAUAUUGUAGUUUUGUUUUAAUAUAGCCUUGUCCCUACCCAACGUUUUGAAAAUGUCAUAGUGUUGAGUGUAGAAACGAUGAGUAAAUUCAAGGGUAAAAGUGGCUGGGCCAAGAAUUUUAUUUUUUAUAUAUGUGCCAUGAGCUGGUUCUGGCUGUGACAUUGUUCUACCAAGUCAAUAAAGUUUCUUUUUUAAAGUUUUGUCAAUUAUAGAAAUAUUUAAAUCUGCACAUUGCAUUCCUCAUCUUGGUGCUGUGAAGGUGCCAGUUUAAAACCUAAAUUCUCUUCUGCUCGGGAGGGAAAUCCAUUUCUCACUCUGGCUUAAUGUUAAUGAAAUCUAUUCUGUAAUUCAGGUAAUUUAAUUAUUAAUUUCUUUAGCAAGAAUAAUGGUUUUGUGCUUUGUGAGUAUAUGUUUUGUUUGACGGAGCAGUGGAAUAUGUUGGUGCUGAUGUGGCAAGGCUUUUAAUGAGGUGGGAGGCAGGGAGAAGAAAGCAUAAGAUCUGACAGAUUUUAACUCAAAACAUCAUGGACUGCAAGCAGCAAACUGUGUCAAGGAUGGAGUUUCUAAAUGUAAAUGAAGGAAGAUGAUAGCUAGUUUCUACGUAAUGUACUUUUUUUAAAUUUCAGAAAUCAGUCUGUAAUUCUUUGAAUUAAAUUACUAGUUGUUUCUACACCUCACCCUCCUGAGCAACUUAAUGAUGAGAUGUAGGGGCAUAUGUUCUCUCCAAUAUCACUUAAGUUCAGCAUUGUUUUGAUGAAAGGGAACUCACCAUGACUGGAUGCUUUUGCUCUUUUUGGCAUUGGUAUAUUUGAAGCUCUGUCACUUGUACCAACUCCAAAGAUGGAACAAAACCAUGAUCACUGAAGCUAUUAACAUUAGGAAGUAGCUGUUCCUGGUAGUUGGUGAAACUCUAGAGAGAGAGAAGGCUAAACCAAUCAAACUGAGAUUAAUUUGUUUGUCUGUAUAUGUUAGAUAAAAAAUAGAGGAUUAAUCGAACAGGUAGCCUAAGAUACAUUUAUCAUCUCUAAUAUUAAUUGAUAAAUGUGACCAAACAGCAACAAGUUAAUAAAAAGCUAACUUAUGUAGAGUAUUCUGGAACUAACUUUGUAAAUGAAGCAUGGGGCUAGUUGUGUCUUGAUCUGUAGAAAAUAUGCCAGUUUAAUCUUGUUAUUAUGUGUCAUCCAAAGAAUUACCAGUUGCUUUUACCAUAAUACCAAAAUUGAACCUUUUUCUCCAGAUACUCCCUCUGGCAGCCCCAUGCCUCAUUUAAACCAGGCAGAAGUCAAAAUUGGAUUAUUUUUAUUCAUUUCAACUUGUUUAGUUUUGGAUCGGAGUAGGAAGGAGUGUAGCUAGCAAGGCUGGUAUUUAUUGCCUAUCCCUUAGGUUGAUGAUAAGCCAUUACUUUGAAAUACUACAGUCCUUUUGGUGAAAUAAUGUCAAACAAGUCAGUUGAAGCUCUAGAAUUCACACCCAUGAUAUGAAUGGGCUAUGAAGUUCCCAGUCAGGAUGUUGUUUGACUUGGGGGGGGGGGGGGGAACCUAUAGGUGUGGUAUUCCUAUGUGCCUACAGCCCUGAUCUUGAUGAUAGAGAUUAGGUGUAAGAGAUGAACUGUUGGAUUAGCCUUAGUCAAGUAACUUCAAUGCAUUUGUAGAUAGAAUUCAUCCAGGUAAAUGGAGCUGGUGUGUGUUUUGUAAGUGGUGCAAAGCAAUUGUAGUGCUUGAACGUAUAGUAGUCUCUGGAGAAUGCCCAAUCUUUGACUUGUACUUGUAAAUCAGGGGUUUAGAAGAGUGGAAUUGAUCAAUAUUUAUGUAGUGCACCAGAAGAUGCCUACAUAUAGAUAAUACUGGAAUGUAGAAGAUUAGCUUAUUUGUCACAUGUAGAUCAAAAUAUAUGGUACAGCAAAAUAUAUCAUUUGGGUCAGCAACCAACAGAGUCCGAGAAUGUGCUGAGGCAGCCUGUAUGUGUCGCGAUGCUUCUGGCACCAACAUAGCAUGUCUGCAGCUUACUAACCCUAACCCAUGUGACUUUAGAAUGUGGGAGGAAACCAGAGCACCCUGAGGAAAGCCACACAGUCACAGGGAGAACAUACAGAGACAGUGGCCAAAAUUAAACCCCAAUCACUGUAGCUGUAAAGUGUUAUGCUAACCACAGUGCAACCAUUUGGCCCCUCAUUACAAAGGUAAAUAAGUGCACAAAUAAUAAUACUUACAGUGAAAAGCUAUUGGAAAUGAAUUCUCAUUCAAUGGUAAAUGAGAUUAUAAUCUGCAGCUAUGUCACAGAUUUUUACAGCUACUAUUUUAGACAGUUACUGAGAAAAUUCACAUCAAUGUUACAAUAGGUGCUAUAAUACAUGGAGUGAAAUGGCAGAGUACCUAUCAGUCAUAAUAACAGACACCUGGCCUUGGAGAUACAAAGCAACACCUGGGAAGAAAUUUAGAAAAAGCCUGAAACAGGGAUUCAGCACAGCUGACAACUCCCAGCCUACUUGACAGGAACUUUUAUCUUCCGUUUUAUAUAAUAAUUUUCUUCAACAUCAAAGCAUCACAGCUGCAGUGUAUACCAUCUAUAAAAUGCAUCUACAGUUCCUCAGCUAUACUACUCCCGCCAUACAAAGUCUACCACCAUAAAGAACAAGGGUUGAAGGCGUUUGCAAUACCACCAUCUGCAGAUGUCCCACCAAACUCGGUUUUACUUGGUAUGUGACAAGGAUGAAGAACCGAGAAAUCCAAAAGGAAUGGAUAUUUGGAUAUUUAAACAUUUCAAGAGGUUAUAUUUUUAGUCAUAGGCAGCUCAGUUGCUCUGACCCUGGGGAAACUCAGCUGGUGAAAACAUCCAUAGCUUAAUUGCAUUACGAAAGCUUACCGACAAAAAAAAAAGCAGCAUUUAAAUCUUGCUUUCCACCAAUCACUCUGCUCUCGCUUCUGCCUUCUCCCUCUUACAACACCAAGAAACACCUACCAGCCGUCAGAAUGGAAAACUGCAAUUGAUCCAUCUUCAGUCCCAUUAUGCAGCUGGCCUGCUGUCAAUCAGACUUUUUACAAGCAGUAACCAGAGAGAGAAAAAUGAAAAAAGUUGCUCAAUGUCCAGGAAAAUUGUUCUUCCAAGAUUCCUAACUUGAAUAAAGUAAACUCGCACCCCCCCCCCCACAACUACUGAGCCCAUAGAAUUAGAAUAGCUAGGCUGCAAAAAAAUUCUAGUCUGCUCAAGCAGAAUACUCUUAAUACCAUCAACAGAUCAAAAGGAUGUUUUGGAUUUCUGCUACAAAAACUUUCAUAAAAUAAUACAACUCAUACCCUUUAAAUGUUACAUUUUUUUCUGAACAGUCCUAUGGAACUUUGAACGAUUUGCUUUUCAUCUUGGUAUUACUAAUCUUUUUGCAUUUUGUCAUGUGCUAAAAUAAUUACCUUUCUGAUUUUUUAAAAGCCAUCACAAGUAUUUGAUAUUUUAACAUUGCUAAAUUGGUAUUGCCUGGUUUAAAAUGACAUUGAAAUUAUUGCAGCACUGCCAAUAGUUUCUCAUUUCUCUUCAGGCUUUUCAAUUUAUUUUAUGGUAGUUAUGGUGUUGGUAAAACUUGUUUUUCAAAUACUCAAAAGUCAAUUUGUACUUUCCAGAUGUCAGUAUUAAGAUUGACUUCCUCAGUGCUAUUUGUCUUUAAUAAGAACACAGAGCUACUACCUGAUAAUACCUCAAAUAUGGCUAGGCACAGAAAGAUUUCCCUUUAAUAUAUUAGCCUAGUCUUGGCCUGCAACAUAGCAACUGUCUCUUUAACUUGGAAUGCAAAAGGUGACUGCAUUAUAUUGGCAACACAAGCAUUGGAUUCUUCUAAGGUUACGUAGUCUGUAAUGAAGCUUCCUGGUGUGUGUGGAAAAAGUUGAAUUUAUUUGCUUUUUAUCCCCAAAAAAGCGAGCAUGUGUUUUGAGAAAGAAACUCUCAAGAUGUAAUCCUUUUCAACCCGAGGCCAGGCUUCCUCACAAACUCUGCACUUUUACUGAUAUAGCGAUGCAUAUGAUCAGGCUAUAUAUAGUUUACCAGUCCUUCCCAAGGUCUGCUGGAACAAAGUCUUGUGGUAUCCUGGUCUGAACAUACUCAAACUUUUAAACACUGAAGCAACACCACAAAUAGUCAUCUCCACUUGUGGUUAAAGGAGAAAGAAAUAAAUGUACACAAUUUUUGCUUAAUUUGAAAAUAUCUUCAGAAAUAUUAACACCAUUUUAUAUUAAUAUGGGGGGGAAUUGUAAAGAAAAUAGGAGUUUUUAAAGAAGUCUUGUAAAGUAGAAAGGGCAAGUUUCUAAGAACAAUAAAAAUAAAGAAGGAUAAUGCUGUACAGUUGUGUAAAUGUCACUCUUCAUGAUGUUUCUGUGUAGUAUAGUGUAAGAUAAAUCAGACACACUGGUUGCAGUGUUAUUCUGUGAAUUGUAAUUUAAAAAAAAAGCCAUGCAUGGUCAUUUAUUCACUUCAUGAAUUGCUCAUAAUAGAUAAGGGAGUUUCUUACAUGUUACAUCUGUGUGUGAAAUUGCAUAUGUCUUGUGUUUUUACUUUAAGAACUUGAAACUACUGUUGUAGAACUUUACUCCACAGAUAACAUACUGUAUAUUCAGCUUUAGGAAGCCUUGAUGCCACAUUACCAGUGGGUUAAAGCGUCAGUCCACUUGAUCCUAACCCUCUGUACAUGCGGCUUUCAACUAGUACUGCGAUGUCCUCUGGUGCCGUUCAAAAUAAUGUUAUGAAACUGGCAACAAAACCCAUAUUUUAACUCUCUCCAUAACUCUGGCAAUUCCAAGGUUUGCAGCAACAGUACUGUGUACAAACAUAUUGCAAUAAAGCUUUAU